AUGCACCAUGCAGCGCUGAAUCUCCCGGAUCUGAUGAUCUCUCUCUGGCGGGGGACCCUCGAAUGCGACACCAAUCGAGGUGAUGCUCUGAGUGCGUGGGCAUGGGCUGUCCUUCGAGGAGAUGUAUGGAAGGCACACGGCAAGACCGUUGCGGAUGCUACUCCGUAUCUUCCAACCCUCUUCGACCGCGCCCCUCGCAACCCUGCCGAGAAGAUUAACAGCGGAUAUAAGGCAGCUGAAUACCUCAACUACAUCUACGUCUUGGGACCCGGUUUGCUUUACAAGCUCCUCCCCGAACCGUACUAUCGCAACUUCUGCAACCUCGUGUGCGCCAUCCGCAUUCUUCACCAGCGCUCUAUCUCAUUAUCUGAUCUCAGGCGGGCUCACCAGCUCGUCAUCACAUUCGUCCGCGACUACGAGCGGCUCUACUAUGCUGGCAAGACAGCUCGAAUCCACUUCGUGCGACAGAGUGUUCACUCGCUCACGCACUUGGCUCGGGAGAUUCAGCUUUUUGGUCCGCCAGGUCUGUACUCCCAGUGGACGAUGGAGCGUACGAUUGGCAACCUCGGUCAGGAGAUCCGGCAGCCAUCUAACCCAUACGCGAACCUCUCACAACGCGCCGUGCGUCGUGCGCAGAUCAAUGCCAUCAUGUCGCUCGUGCCAAGUCUUAACCCAUCGAAUGCAUCCUCAAACGGCAACGUACGGUUGGCCUACCAUCUAGGCAGAGGCUUCAGCUUCAGACCUGCACGGGACACGACGUCUGUGGUGCUCUCGGUCGCGCACAAUGUGGCGCUACAGAGUUAUAUCAGCAGGAUCACUGGCCGGCCCCGCUCGAACAGCCAAUUACAGGUGAUGCGAUGGGCGCGGCUCGUACUUCCCAACGGUAACAUUGCCCGCUCUGCGUGGAAGGAGAAUUUGAAGGCACACGGGAGCGGUAAGCGCAUCGCACGCAAUGCGCGGGACGUCGCAACAAGGUCGCUCUACAUUGCCGAAGUCUUAUACUACUUUGUGCAUCACAUCGCUGGUCAGGAUAUUGGCCUUGCCAUGGUGCAUCGCUACUCCGACCCCGACCAGAGCCUCCUCGAGAAAUCCUCGGGCGCUCUCGUUGCAUGUGACCUGGAUAGGCGGUCGGUGGAGGUCAUCGAGGUGAAGACUAUCCUGUCUGUGGUUGGAAUGGUACCGCUUCCGCUCUUUGGUGCGCUUCCGGGCUAUCCUUCUGCAUCUAGCCUACCGUACUUGCCCCAGCCCGAGUUUGUGACCCGGUUUUUCCUUGCCGAGAAGCUGGGUCUUGAUAUUAUGCGACUUGAUGGUUCCAAUGCACAGGAUGACGAGGAUUAG